AUGGCGGAUUGCGCCUCCAUCGCCACUGAGCGGAGCUUGCCAUACGCCUUCCUCGUCAUGGACCUCAUCAUCUCCGCCGACAUCUCCAUCGCCGGCCCGGAUACGAAGAUGACAAAGAUUUGGAUAAUUCAAGACAGCACCUUCCGGAAGAAGUCUGGAGACCGGGACGACGCAGGCCCGAGUCGUGCACCAGCCCCCGCUCCCGCCAAGGCCUCUUUGCAAUCCAUAGCCGAUACUCUGAAUCGGCUAACCCUCACAGUAGACGGCAUGGGGCAGUCAAUCGAGCGGAUGGAUUGGACGCUGCAACGCCAACACCACGACAUGAUGGCGUUCUUCCGCGGCGUCAACUACGUCCCGCCAGCCUUUGACAGCACCUUCCUCGGCCAAAACUAUGAAGGGGAGGACGAGGAGGAUAACUCCUAUGCUCCAUCCUCCUCCCCCGACGAGGCCGACUUUGAAGAUGCGGUCGACGACGAUCCCAUGGAUGUCGAGGACGACGAGGAUGACGACGAGGACGCCGAUGCUUAGACUUUUUUUUCUCUUCUUACUAUGAUUGUAUUUUUUUAUUUUUUCCAUUCCGUUGUAUUCCGCAUUUCCCUUUUUCAUGAAUAAAAGUUUACUUUCACAAUUCUAAAGUUUACUUGUUUUUGUUAAUGUCAAAAGGGGGAAGAUAUUAAGGUUAUGCAUAAAUUAAGGGGGAAUUU